AUGAGCAGAUAUCCAUCUCACGAUGAGAAGGUAAGACAUUAUUCUGCGUUUUGUACUAUUGUCGAUUGAAAAUCAUGUACAAAGGUUUUCGAGAAACUCGUUUUAGUAUAUGAUUACAUUGAUUGAGUUGAAAUUAUUUAUUCAUUUCCAACGCAGGUCUUCUUUGUUCGGACGUAUCUGCAAGCAUUCAAAGACACAGAGGGCGUCACCGAAGAGGAAAUUGAGGAAGUUAUUAUUGAAGCGGACAGGUAAAUGUCUUUUCCGAGUUGUACAUUUAAAAGCCCGUUUACACUUGCAAAUCUUGGCAAACAUUUUCCUGAGAGUAUCCUUGAUAUAUAUGCAGGGGUCGAAAUUUAAAUUUUUUUAUACUAUACAGCCGGAAUAGUACAUUUUGAAAUUGCUAUUCCGUCUGAAAAUCCACUAUUCCUUAAUUAAUUAAUGUACUGUUUCUGAGAGCCUGUUUACGCAGGGUCCGCGUUAAUGUUCUGAUUUUCGUAAAAUCAUCCUUGAGACUCCCAAAAUGAACUGAAUAAUUGAAUAACAUGUACAGUUAUGGUACAAAUAAAAAACGAUCUAUUCUUAUUUGCCACAGUCGGAUGAGCAAGACAAAAUUCACAAAACAUUUUGUCAAGUUCAUUGUUGUAGGUUACCCACUUAAAUUUAUCUUUCCACGACGGUACGAACUUUCGUGCUCUUUUUGUGCGGUCAUACGCAUUGUCUCUCGAAUCUCGCCUAUUGUUAUUGUCCAAUUUUUGGAGCUUGGCUGACGGUUCUCUACGCCAGAUACAUAUACCGCCACGUUUUGUAUAAAGUUUGAGUCGUAAAAACUAAACGCUAAAGUUGUUUUUGACGACAUGGCAGGGGCGCCAGUUUGUAUGUCAUGUUAUUGUAGCAAAGUUAAUUAAGUUAAUAUUGGCUUAUUGCUGCAAAGAAAUUAGAAUACCCAAGUACUGCAAGCGAACAAGAACUUAGCUACGAACUGGAACAGUCCGGUAUAAAGUGAUAUAUUAUACAAGAGAAAAACCCUUGUUUGUCGAUGGUACCACAAUUUUUUCUACUAUACAAACGGAAUACCGUGAUCAUGAAGUUUACUAUUCCGUCAGGCAAGGGCCAAAGUAUACAUUAGUAAACUUUGUUUGCCUAUUAAAGUGCUUAUCUUUCUUUAUACAAACAACCCUUUAGAAGCAAUAGUCAGUGAAUUCACAUGGAACACCCCACACGACUUUGAACCUUUUUAUCGUAGCAGUUUGAACAACUAUGGCGUACUAGAAGGAGAUACAAUUCAUAGUUACCUUUGUCUUGGAGUAAAAAUUGGAUUGUUGAUGAUCACCUCUUCAUUCACGUUGCCACGGUCGCGGAUCAACGGAGCCCUUUCAGUUCGAGCCGAGGGACCUUAACACAAAGUUACUUCAUUCUGGUUACUUCGUGGUCAUACCAUCGCAUAGCGGGGGUGCUGGAUAUAGCGUAGACCCCCCUCCCCCCGACCAUGGUUGGUGUGGUACACCCGUGUGCACGUUAUUUUGUAAGUUUUUCAGUAACACUUUUUUGUUUUAGAUUAUCGUUACUUUCCCACUUCUUUUGGGCGAUGUUUUCUAUUCUUCAGAGUUAUAAAUCGACAAUAAAUUUUGGAUAUUUGGUGAGUAAUGCAUUUAGCCUGUUUAAUGUUACAGUAUACUUAUGUCACAAUAUUGCAGUUCUGAAUGGGGGUGAAAAAUGAUUUAAUAAACUCUUUUACUUACAACCAACUUGUCAAACUGCGCAGGGCAAUUGUAAAACAAACGCCCGAAAAUUUGUGGCCGAGUUUGUAUGCUCUUCUGGGGCCGGUGUAUAUUAUCCUUCAGGGUGCGAUAAUUCACGUGCUUACUUACCGCAGAUACGCCAAUAUUACGGUCUGGUACUUCAGUCUUUGUUUUCAGCCACGUACCACGUAUAUGUAACUCUUGCUAUCUGCGUACUUAUGUUUUUCUGCUACCAUGCACAUGACCUUUCCAAGUCAAAGAUAUAUCAUGCAGUGGUGGAUCCAGCAAAGUUGGUGCUAACCAAUGGCGAAACGAGCGCCGAAGGCGCGAGAUUUCUAUGGGGGUCCGGGGGCAUACUGCCCCGGAAAAAUUUUAAAAUUUCGGUUGCUGAAAUGGCAUUUCCAGCAUUCUGAGAAAAUAUUCUGGAAAAUUUUUAGAUUCUCAAAACAUUUAAAAAUUCUGAAUAUUUAAUAUUGGCUAUUCCGCUAUUGUCAACUAGUAAUACUAAACUGAAUUCUGUAAAUUUUGUGAUGUUUUGAAAAAUUUUGUGAUGUUCCGAAAAAGUUUGUUUUGGUUUGGUUUGGGGGGUCGCCAAAAUAAAUUCCGGAAAAAAAUUUUUCGGUACUGGUCGGGCACAAUCCGGAAAAGUCGGGCAAAUUUCUUUCCGCCCCCCUAAUUUUUUCCUUCCGGUACGCCCAUGACUGAAUUCCUUAACAUAAGUUUAGAAUUAGGAUAAACGUCAUUUUUGCACCUAAAUCCAUCACUGAUAUCAUGUAUCUGAGAUGUCUUGGCAUGAAACCUGAUUGGACUGAUGGCACUAAGAAACGUUGGAGUCGAUUGUUUGUAUAUGCAAUUGUGCUUCCUUUUCUUCUUCGUAGUCUGAACAUACUUGAAAGAAACCUGUUACUUUAUGAAACUUAUUUUAAUGACUAAGUACACAUUGAGUACUGAGUUUGUACUAGCGCAUGCAAGCACGCGGCAACAACUAUGCAUUAGCGUAUACCAGCCAGGUACGCCUAAAAACUUCAAUGAUCGCACCGUGUCCUUGUUAUGCAUGUUUACCAACUGAACUAACCAGCGAUCAUUGAUAUGUUUUGUAUACUUUGUUUGCAGGAAUAUGCGUUAUAUCGCCUGGAAUGCUUUGAACAUUUUAAAUAUUUCGCACAAGACGAAAGACGAGACGAGAGCAAGACUUCGCAGAUCAAUGGCAAGUUUUGAGAGAGAACCACGAAUAGGCCGUUUGCUGCGUCCUGAUAUCGUUCACUUUCAUUAAGCAUGUCUUGGAACUGAAAUAUUUUGACGG